AUGGAGGACGAUGAUCCCUGGGACUGGUUGAUUGAUAGGGUGGUUCAAGAGUUUUGCACCGACAAACGAUCAUGGGAACUUCGGGCAGCCUCCAGUCGUUUACCGGACCCUGUGUUUCUGGAGAAGGUUAUUCGGGAGAACGAAAUUGCAGGAGAUGUCCUUUUGAUUGACCUUGAUGAUAAGACAAUGCGCGAAGAUCUGCAAAUAUCCAAACUUGGUUGGCGGUCUUUCAUUCGGUAUGGAGUCGAUCAACUCCGUCUACGAAGCCCGAAAUACAAGGAUUGGUUAUCCAAAGAACGAUCCUUGGCCGGUACUGCUCCGGUUCUAGAGCAGUUCAGUAACAGCUUGCCGAGUGUAUCGUCUCAUGCCGGUUUCAACUUCACCAUCAAUUCAACUUUCCCCAUUCAUAUGCCAUCUGGUGAUUCAGGUAUCCAAAACAGCCCCGGUCUGCAGCCUUUGAAACUACUCACCGAGAGAGAAGCUGAAGGGCCAAACUCCAGUCUGAAUGAAGCUGCCGAAGAUGUGUCUGGCAUAUCUGGAGGCAACAAGCGACGAAAGCUAGAGACUGAGGUUUCCGUCAAAAGUCCGGAUCGGCCAUUGGAAAACAAUCGUUCGGAGCCUCUCUUCCCCAUGCCCUCACUUUCUUUAAACCAUUCUUCAAUUCAACAAGAUAAUACUUCGAUUGAACAGAUUCGUCCCGAAAUCUUGAACCACACUUCCAAUGAGGUGCAAUCAACUAAGAAGCGCAAGCGCAUUGCUCCAACACUGAUUACAACCGCCAUCGAUCAAACAAGAGAUCGAACAAUACCCACGGAGGCUGAUACAGUCCGUAUCUAUCUCCAUUCACAACUUGAUCAUGGUUAUUUGGGAAAUUCGAAGAUGUCUGUAAACGAGGUUUUCUAUGGCAACAUUGCAGCAGGCGAGCAGAUUCCAUCUAGUGAAAUGGUACUCGAAUUCCAGGAACGAAGCGCUAUCUCAAAUGGCCGUCGUCUGUAUAUCCAUCGCCUCAUGAAGCAUUUUCUUUGCGUUGACCCAGAACGUUUCGAGCGAAACCAUAAGGCUUUGAUGGCCGUUAAGCCAUAUCAAUUGCGACUUGCGCCAAAGGGUUCAUUCACGCUAUACCGCUCAGGCUCAGAUGAUGCCGUCGAAGUCACCCGGCAAGCUUUAUCGUCAUGGCCUGAAAUUAAUCCAGAAGCACAACCCGUCGGUUCCUCGAAUCCCGGAAAAUCAACCUUUAGCUUCGAUGAAAAUGCCGAAGGAAAUCUGCUGGCGAAUGCUUAUGAAGAUCCUGAUGCUUUGAACAAAUACAACAUGCUCAAGGAGGAUGAUGAAGAGUUGCCUUUGUAUGGUGAAUCUGGUUCGGAAAAUGGCUUCGAUACAGAAACUUGGGAAGCCAUAGAUGAGGAAGCCAAGGAGAGAGCUGCAUAUAUUGAGAAAGAGAAGCAGAAGAAUAAAUUUCUCACACCACAAGAAGUAGAAGUGGCUGUCGAUGCAGGUAUCGCAGAUCUUGUUUCCCAGUGGCAAGAUACAAAACUUCCCAAACGUCGUCAGAAAGCCUUUCGACUCUGGACAAAGUCACGUCGAACAGGGUCAAAGCAUGCAGACAUACUAAAAGCACAGCAAAACCUCAAACAUCUUGUUGACAGUCGCAUCCCCAAACUUCGAGAGAACAUAAUCCUUGGUCAGUGGUCAAACGAGCCACAAGUACGCCACCAAACUCGCAUCAUGGAGGUAACUAUCUUUGAUCGAGAGGAUUUGGUCUACACAAUUGCUCUUCUCCAGAAGAAAUCGGCACCUCCGAAAUUGGCAACAACUAUUCCUGUGAAAGCAAAAAAUGCUCUUCCAUCUGGAAAUGAUAGUGACUCUGGAGAAUCAAUUCAUAGCGAAUCCUCUGCAGUGGAAAGUGUUAAUGACAUUAAUGACUUUGUUGUCGAAGAACUCAAUCUUGCAGACGAUGAGGAUGAUACGACCAUGUCCGAUGAUAGUCUCCCAUACGCUUCAGUGAAUCCAUCUCAAGGGAUAGCUAAAUUAAGUUCAAAAUCUGCUUCAUCUGUACAGCAUGGUUAUGAUAAUGAAGGAGACGUCGAUAUGGCUUCAUUAUCUGAUUCAGGGUCUCCAGAGCCAAUCAACCACUCUUCUUUUCUUGUGAAAACCGAGUCGACAGUUCCACCAUCAACAUCCACACCUAAAAAGAAGACUACUACUGUCAUCGACUUGGUAACACCAGAGAGCAAUAGAGUUUCCAAGUUGAUGUCUAACUUCAAUCCUUCAAGUCUUGUUAGCCCAAUCAAUCUUUCAUCGGGGUCUGAUCAAGAGCAAUAUUCGCAAAGAACCUUCUUAGAUUUGAACAACCUUCCGUCACUAACGACACCAGCAGCAGUCUCUCGUCAUGAUUAUAAAACUUGGGAGGGCUUUAGAGACCGGAACCGACUUAUAGUUACGGCUGUAGACAGGCUGCCGAUCUCUGUCCAGAAGUCAUUGUUUGAGCUCAUUGCGACAAUGGGUAACGAGUCAGAAUUACAAACCCGAAUAAAAGAAUCAAUAGAUCUUGAUAACGAGCCAAAGGGAUUGGAUGAGCAGUUAUCCAUGGCAUUACUGACUCUUGUCAGGCUAUUCUGGAUCUACAUUGAUUGCAAGUUCCACCUCGCAGAUGAUGGAUGGAUGCGCGUUGCAGCUGAUGUGAUUCGCAAUGAUGAUUUCCGCUCCCUCAAAUAUUUUUACAACCUUUGCAAAUCAUUGCAGAGUUAUUUCCAACCAAAGAUUCUUCUUAAUUUUUCCAAAGCCGAAUUCCCAUCUGAAUCUACGAUGGUGUCUGACGAAGAAGAGGAUGGUGAGCCUCAGGGUUCGGUCAGGAGAAGACGUAAACCUGUUAGUUCAAGUGAUAGCGAGCGUUUCUCUGAAAUGGAACAGGACUCUCCAAGCAAGAAGCAAAGUAAGUUUUUUGAGGACGCAGAUGCUCGAGACUUGCGAGAGCAAGAUAGAGCACGAGUAAUUGCCCAAGAAGAACGCAAAAAGCAACUUCGAGCUAGAUUAAGGGAAUCCGACGAUGUCGGAGAUGUAAGAUUGGACCGUCACAUCAUUAAUGAGGGGAAAUUUGAUGAUCAAGGUUACAUUUACGUUGAUGAAGAAAUUGGUAAACGCAUCAAGUCUCAUCAGCUGGAUGGUGUCAGAUUCAUUUGGAAUCAAAUUACUGCCGAUGGCAAAGCAACACAAGGCUGCCUGUUAGCCCAUACCAUGGGAUUGGGGAAGACCAUGCAGACAAUUACUAUACUGGUCGCACUAGCUCAAGCAGCCUCGUCAGCAGAUGACUCGGUGUCAUCACAAGUUCCCGACAGUCUUCGUAUGUCAAGAACAAUUAUACUUUGUCCUCCAGGACUCAUUGCUAAUUGGGUGGAUGAACUUCUGACCUGGUCACCCGAUGAUAUCCUUGGAGAUUUGAGACCAAUCGAAUCAGCGGCCAGCCCUGCCAGGAGGCUACGCACCAUUGGCGAUUGGUUUCGUGAAGGCGGUAUUCUGCUCAUAGGAUAUGAUAUGUUCCGCAGAUUCAUAACUGGGCCGCAGCCAAAGCCAGGUCAAUCUAUAGCGCCUCUCAAUGAUAAGUUAGAGCUCGCAAGGACUCAACUUCUCGAAGGUCCAAAUGUUGUUGUGGCCGAUGAGGCACAUAAAAUGAAGAACUAUAAGUCUGCUUUGACUUCUGCUGCCUCCAAGUUCAGAACCAAAACUCGCAUCGCGUUGACCGGAUCGCCUCUUGCGAACAAUGUAGAGGAGUAUCACACGAUGGUUGAGUGGAUUGCACCUAAUUACCUCGGUCCUAUAGCUGAGUUUCGAGCCAAAUACAAAGAACCGAUCGAACAAGGGCUUUAUCUCGAUAGCACUCGAAGCGAGAAAACCCGAAGUAGGAAAAUGCUCGAGGUUUUGAAGGAAGAUUUAUCCCCAAAAGUUCAUCGUGCAGAUACAUCAGUCCUUCGGGACGAUUUGCCACCAAAGAAGGAAUUCAUCAUCAGCGUCUCACUCACUGAGCUCCAGAAACAAGCAUAUAUCACCUAUGUACGCUCGAUGGCAUCAGCGAAGCCUGCUCGAACAAAGUCUGGACAACUAAAGCAAACAACAGUGUGGUCAUACAUCAACAUUUUGACACUUCUUUGCAACCACCCUUCUUGUUUUAAGGCGAAAUUAGAUGAGCGAAGUGACGAGGUUCACAGAAGCUCUCAAAAUGAUUUGCAUAUCACUAACAAAUCCCACAUUCGGAGGGACAAACUAAUGGAGGCUCGGGAUGUGACAGAUGAAGAUCUUGAGAAUGAUCCAGAGGCUUGGAAAGUUGGGGUCUCUGAAGAUCUAAUCUCAGCCGAAGUAAAAGUUUUUGAGUCCGUCUCUGGAAGCAUCACAAACCCCGAACUGUCGAAUAAAGUCAAGAUUCUUUGCCAGAUACUUGAUGCUUCGAGAGCAGUUGGCGAUAAAGUUCUAGUGUUCUCACAAACACUUACCACCCUCGACUUCCUUGAAGUUAUGUGUAAGGACCAAGGCAGAAAAUUUGCAAGGCUCGAUGGCAAAACCGUGAUGAGUAAGCGCCAAACACUAGUCAAGGACUUUAACUCGAACGAUUUAGAGCUCUAUUUGAUUUCGACUAAUGCCGGUGGCUUGGGCUUGAAUUUAUACGGCGCUAACAGGGUGGUCAUAUUUGACUUCAGGUACAAUCCAAUCAAUGAAGAACAAGCAAUCGGUAGAGCCUAUCGUAUUGGGCAGAAGAAACACGUUUUUGUUUAUCGCUUGAUGGCUGCUGGUACAUUUGAAAGCAGCAUUCAAAACAAAGCAGUGUUCAAGACACAACUUGCUUCUAGAGUUGUCGAUAAAAAGAACCCAUUGUCAUGGGCUCAGAAGGGCUUGGGAGAAAUUCUCUUUGAACCAAGGGAAAUACGACAAGAGGACCUUUCAGUGUUUGAAGGAAUGGACAGUGCUGUUCUUGACAAUGUCCUCAGUGUUGAAGAGAAUAAAGGCACAAUCCUAAAAAUUAUUCAGUCCGAUGAUUUUGAGAAGGAUGAUGAUGAUCGGUUGACUCCCAAGGACAAAGAAGAGGUUCGCCAAAUGGUCAAAGAUGAACAACUGAAGCGCUCUGAUCCCCAAGCCUUUCAUGCAGCCAUGCGACAGAGAGGGCAAGUUGAGAUUGUCGCACCAAGGCCGCAAGUCCAACAGAGACAUCAGUCUCUGUCUCAAUCUCAAAUGCUUUCCCUUGUCAAGAACGAAAUGGUCAACAGUAAUAAGUCUGGAAAUUCUGAAAUAAAAAUUGGUACUUCAGAUGUAGAAGAAAUAUCCCCAGGGUCUUAUGCCUUGAAAAUUUUCUUAGGCAAGCUUAGAAUAUGUGGUAGAACCAUGAAUCAAUUUCCAGAUGAAGCUACUGUUCUGCAAAGAACAAACCACGUUUACGAGAUCAUCCGGAGCGUGUUAGAGGUUAGGUUUAAGAAGAACAUGAACGAUGAGCGUCGAAGAAUGGCUUACCAGAGGGCUUCCGCAUUCAUUGGAGAAAAUAAUGUUGCCGCUCAACAACUAUUGUCUCUGGAGUUGAGUGCUGAGGAAUUCAUAAAUCGAGUUGCCUCUUGGUGGAAACCCAAUCGCCCAGAAUCAACACCGGUCAAUGGCCAACAACUUCCGGAUUUAACCCCACUGGUCAAUGAUCAGAAGCUUCGACCUGCAGUAUCAUUGGCUAAGAAUGGCCACAAUCAAGCCACAAAUAAUGGUGCUAGAGUGGAGUUUGUGGUUCAUCCACAAUCCAAUUCUUCGACUGCUCAAUCUAACAAAUCAAUCAAUAGUUCGAAUACCAUAAAAUUAGGGGAUGUGAUACCAGGGAAAGAUCAAAAUAUCUCCAGUCAUUCAAAGCCGACAACUGAAGACAGAGAGCAAAACGUCUUAUCACAGGACUCCACGGGAGACAUUCCGUUGAAUGUGAAGUCACUGUCCGAGGUAAUACAGCACCCUUACGCACCUCCCGCUUUGAUUACAGAUGAAUCGGAUGAUGAAAGUGGGAAAGAACAAGUUGUAGACAGUCGACCUAUUGAAGAGGUAGCCUUUAACGAUUCUGUUGAGGCUACAACCAGUAGCAACGCCAAACUGGACAAGUCUCAUGGUUCUCUCCCAACCACUUCCUCAUCAAAUGAGGAAACUAAAAUGUUUCAUGCCAUAAAUCGUCAGCCACAAUCACUGAGGAUCCCUGUGGUUUCCCCGUCGAAGAAGAAGAAGAAGAAGAAGCAUCGAGGAAAUAUGCAUGCAGAGGAUUCGGAGGAACUGAGGCGUAUCCAGCAACAACGAUUAGCUCGGGGACAAGCUCUUCACCCUUCUAGCCCUUUACAGCCUGCACGACAUUUCGAUACAUCCACACAAGCUGCCUCGGCACAGCCAACAUCAUUUUCACGGCCUCGAAGCUAG